AGAACUGACUCAAUGGCAACUGGUUUGUCUCUUUGUUCAUUUGCUUGUUUGUUCUCACUUCUCUGAAGCCUAGCUCCCCCAUCUACACUCAGAAACAUCCGCGCCUGCUCACAGGGCUGAACAAGCAGGGGUGGGUAAGCACGGUGUUCACAGACUAAAAAUUAUUAUUAUCAUUAAAACUAUUGUUGUUCUCUCCUAAGCCUUUGUUUCCCAGGCUCUCUGAGCACAAUGUCUGCAGCCUCUGCCAGCAAUGGCGUGUUUGUUGUCAUCCAGCCCAGCAACACCAGCGGCCUCCGCCCACCUCCAGCCAUUCUGCCCACCUCCAUGUGCCAGCCUCCUGGGAUCAUGCAAUUCGAAGAGCCUCCACUAGGGGCGCAAACACCAAGGGCUACCCAGCCAUCUGACCUGAGGCCCGUGGAGACAUUCCUGACAGGAGAGCCCAAAGCUUUAGGGACUGUGCAGAUUCUCAUCGGCCUCAUCCACCUGGGCUUUGGCAGCGUGCUGCUCAUGGUCCGCGGAGGCCACGUGGGGAUGCUCUUCAUCGAAGGCGGCGUCCCCUUCUGGGGUGGAGCCUGUUUCAUCAUCUCGGGGUCCCUCUCAGUGGCUGCCGAGAAGAACCACACCAGCUGCCUGGUAAGGAGCAGCCUGGGCACCAACAUCCUCAGUGCCAUGGCAGCCUUUGCCGGGACAGCCAUUCUGCUCAUGGAUUUCGGUGUCACUAACUGGGAUGUGGGCAGAGGCUACCUGGCCGUGCUCACCAUCUUCACUAUCCUGGAGUUCUUCAUCGCCGUCAUUGCCACCCACUUUGGGUGCCAAGCCACCCGUGCCCAAGCCAAUGCACCUGUGAUUUUCCUACCAAAUGCCUUCAGCACAGACUUCAACAUCCCAAGCCCGGCAGCUUCUCCGCCCCCCGCCUAUGACAAUGUGGCGUAUAUGCCCAAGGAGUCUUCUGAGUAGAUGGUCACUCUCGUGGGGCUGAAACCCAGCCUCUCCCCACCCCCACCCAAUUAACCUGGGAGUUGGGGGGCAGACUUUCUUCUGUCCUGUCUCCCCUCCUUCCCCCAAAUCUCUGCAUUUUGUGAUAUCCCAGUGAAGCGUUACCUGGUGACAUCUAUCCCACACACUGGAGAGUGGUUUCUUGCCUAAAAAA